CCGGUGUCCGGUUACCGUCCGGUAGUUUGUCAGUUCGCCAGCGGGCCCAGCUAGCAACCUGUAGGCGGCUGUCCCUCCUCUACCCUCUGCUGUGGAGCAGACUGCGGCCCGACGGGAGCUUCUCUGACGGUGUGUCCAGACGGCACCCUCAGCAGGUGAGCAGCAGCUCUGCAGACAUCCCAUAAUAUUCUGGAGCUGAAGAUGGCUGGAUAAUCAGAGGCUCAGAGGAGAGAAUCGGCAGCUGGAGCUCCAGCUACUCCUGGUCUCAGUCAGACUCAGACUCAGAUCUUCAGGUCCCGUCCCUCCAGAAGGACAUCAUGUCCAGACGUAGUCUUCGUCUAGAUGACGCCGUUCUUCAUCGUGGUCUCAGCAGCGCCUCCUACAGCGCUGGAGGAGGCAGCAGGAGGAGCAGCAGGUCUCUGAAGCUCCGUCCUCCUCGUCCUCCCUCGUCCUCCUCAGAUCUGCCGUCGGUCCACAGCGAUGCUUCGCUGCUGUCCUCACUGCUAGACACCUCCUCGGUCCAGGAGGCCACCAUGGUGGACUCCUUCUGGGGUCUGGACCAUGACGUCGACACCAAAGAAAGCACCAUGAUGGAGGAUCAGAGCAGCAUCGUGGCUGAUGUCUCGCUGACCGGUUCAGGUGACGGCGGCUCCAAACCUUCGCUCAGCAGAGUUUACUGUAAAGAUUGUGAGCUGGAGUCAGGCCAAAGGGAGUCUGGAGAUACCUACAGUUCCUCCAAAUACACCUCCUGCUCCUCCUCAGCGUUCACACCAUCAGACACCCAAACAUCCACCAUCUAUGGCAGAGAUCGAAGCCGUCGAGGUCGAAUAGAUGUUCUGCAGCUGUGGUUCAGGAGAGCUGCAGCCUCGGUGCUCAGACUCACCUGGCCUAGACGUGAAGCUCGACCGGGUCGCUGUGGAGCCAUGAAGGAGUCGAACCCGACGGAGAUUCAUCCCAGCGGAGCUCUGUGUGACGACUGUCAGGAGAAGAACCAAACAGAGACGAAUAAAGUCACCUCUUCAUCCUCAUCCUCAUCCUCACCUUCCUCCUCAUGGUCGUCAGUUGCAGUCUGUUUGUUGGGGCUGAUGUGCAGCGCUGCCGUUUUUACAGCUGUGAAUCUGUUCCAGCUGCUUCAGAGUUCAGCUUCAGCUCUGUGGCCUCUGGUCAGGAAGUUCUGCUCUGCUUGGUGGAGCAGCAGUCGGUCAGCAGGUCGGACUGCAGCUGAAGCUUUCAGACGGUUUCACCAGAGAUGGAAUCACACAACCACCAACCUCCACUGGUUUCCUCUCAGACUCGUCGUCUUUCUCCUCCUUCUGCUAAUGAUCCUCUGCAGUCUCUGUUGGUUCGGUCCGGCCGGUUUGCAGUCGGUUCUUCUGGCCUUCAGAACCUCAGAGUGGAGGACUGGUGUGGUUCCUCAGAGCCAAUCAGAAGAGAGCACCGUGGAGUCUAGGGAAGUUCAGGUGCACGAGGAGCCACCGAUCAGUCGACCUCCGGAGGACCAAACACCGACGGGACCGGAGUUCCAGGACUUGGAGGACGUGGACUCGGAGGACUCGGAGCGUCUGGGUCGUCUGGAGCGGCGUUUGGCAGCGUUGUGGCGGCGAGUCGAGGACGGAGGACGGCGGGCCGAACAGAGACACCGAGAAGUUCUACAGCUUCAUCAUCAUCUUCAUCAUCCUCAGCAGCAGCAGAGCGACGUGGAGUCGUGGAUCAACGUCCUGAUGGAGCAGCAGCUUUCACAGCUCAACACCCGACUGGACGAAGAACGAGUCCAGAGAGAGCAGGAUCUGUUGCAGCAGGAAAGUCAAACAUCUCGUCUGGACCGGCUGGAGCUGCAGCUGCAGAUGCUAGCGGCUAAAACUCAGGAAGUCCAGUGGAGACAAGAAGCUGCUUCAGCAUCGACUCUUCCAGCUGCUGUCAGUGUCGGCGUGGACCGACAGUCCCAUGAUGCUUUGCUGGCGGAGGUUUCUCGGCUGGAGGCGGCUCUGGAGGAUGUCAGGAGGGACGUGGAGGUUCUGUCCUCGUAUCAGGAUGGUCGACAGCUGGCCGCCAUGCAGCAGAUGGUUUCCUCCCAGCUCCGUUCUCUGGUCUUCGGCCAGCAGCUGGAGGAUGGAGAUGAUGGAGAUGUUGGAGAGUCUCUGCUGCAGUGGAUGUCUCAGCGCUACGUCAGCCCAGCCGACCUCCAGGUGGCGCUGUCCUCUCUUCAGCUCAGCAUCCUGAACAACAUCAGCCAGCAGCUGGAGCAGCGUCAUGGCAACCAGCUGGUCGGAGAGGGUGCCAUGACGACGGAGGACAUCCAGGUGUUGGUCCAGGACGCUCUGAGGCUGUUUUCUGAGGACAGAACCGGAUUGGCUGAUUACGCUCUGGAGUCUGGAGGGGGCAGCAUCCUCAGCACUCGCUGCUCAGAGACCUAUGAGACCAAAGCUGCUCUGCUCAGUUUGUUUGGACUUCCUCUCUGGUAUUUCUCUCAGUCUCCUCGAGCCGUCAUCCAGCCCGACGUCCAUCCAGGGAACUGCUGGGCCUUCAGAGGCUCCACAGGCUUCCUGGUGAUCCGGCUCUCCAUGAGGAUCCUCCCCAGCUCCUUCAGCCUGGACCACAUCCCCAGAUCCCUGGCGCCGAGCGGGACGCUGCUCAGCGCUCCACGAGACUUCAGCGUCUACGGUCUGGAGGACCAGAGUCAGGAGAACGGGAAGCUGCUGGGAACGUACCGGUACAACCAGGACGGAGAAGCUCUGCAGACCUUCAGCGUCUCCGAGGAGAAUGACGAGGCCUUCCAGAUCAUCGAGGUUCGGGUCUUGUCUAACUGGGGUCAUCAGGAAUACACCUGCAUGUACCGCUUCAGGGUCCACGGGACGCCCACCCACGUCUGAGCGCCCUCCGGUCACGGCGAGUCAUGUGGUUGAUCAGCUGAUGGACGGCGACUGUGACGGUUUCCCUCCAGUGUGAUCUUUCCUGUGGAAAAGCGACACACUGACGGUUUGGUGUUUAUAUCCAUAGUUCCUGUUGGUGGUUUUCAGGUUUUAUUUCUUUUCUUUUUCUGGUUCUGAAAACGCUCCUGUUUAGUUUUCAGUCCGUUUUUGUUGCUUCUGUCUGAAGCUAAAGAAAUCGUUUUUUCACUAUGAUUUCUGAAUUAAACGACUCUAAUUCUGAGAAAACUGUAGGAUGUGACGCGUUCACUGUCAGGAGGAAUAAUCCCAGAUAAAAUCAGACUGUCAUUUAGAAGCUUUAAGACUCCUUUCAAAUCUGUUGCUUCCAGAAACAUGCUGAUGUUUCAAAUCUCACAUUUUUAUAGCAAGAAAUUAUCAAGUCCGAUAACCUCCAGAGAUCCUGUAGUUUCCUUUAGCAGUUGAUCACAGGACAUCGGAGGGACCCUGAACGCAGCACCGAUGGACGGAAACCUGGAAACUGAUGUGAAGUUCCACAUUUAUUUAUUCUUUGUGCUGAUGGAAGAUGAUUUUUUUUACUUUUAUUAAUCUAUCUUGUAAGUUUUUUUUAAACACAAUAAAUCUAUUUUGUAUGUGA